AUGGCGCGUCUGCGUGGUCCCCCCCCACCUUACAAGCGUGUGCGCCUCUCCGUCCCGGCCGCCGCCCGCGCGCUGCUCUUCUGCUGCCACAGGCCUCAGCAACCUCUUGUAGAGGACCUGUCUCGAGACGUGGCUCCGGAGAAGUUCCGAUCCAAAGCCAAGAGUGUCGGGGGCUUCGUCUUCGGGCUCCUGGUCUUCCCCCAGGGCACCAAGAGCGCCCCGGAGCACGCGCGGAAGAACCGGCCAGGGAAAGGGAAGGAAGAGGACCUGGACACAGACAAAGCAAAGGCACGACGGAGGGACACUCAGAAGACGGAGAAGGAGAAGCUGAAAGCAGCCCUUCUGAAGGAGGUCCCAAAAGAGAAGGAGAGGGAUAAGGAAAACGAGAAGGACGGCAACAAGGAUGGCGAUGGGAAGGAGGACAAAAAAGACACGCGCUGGAUUUCCGCGUUCGUGGAAGCACGGCCCAGCGAAGACUAUCCUCCUCACUGGUACUUCGAAGAUGUCCAAUUUCUGGUGUCGCUCAUCAACUUCCAGGACUUGAAGAAAUCGAUCGUGAAGCAUGACAAGCACACCUUCUCGCCGGUAGAAUCCUCUGAUGGGAAGGCGAUUGACCGCGGCUGGCACGACUUUGUCCACUGCGAUGAAGCGACUCUGCGCAACAGCGGCUUCGUCGACAAGGACGACACCGUGUGCUUCCGUGCAUCCGUGUACUUGGCUGGGGGAGCGAUGAAGGUGAACUCGAAGACCAAGUCGCGGUACAUGAGCCUCAGCAAGAUCGAUCCCGGCUCCUACGAGCGAGCGCCGCAGUUCCUGAACAGCCUCGUGCAGAUUUGGUACCACCUGGGCUACUUCCGUUCGGCCAUCUACAGCGCCUCGAACCCCUGCCAGCUCUCGGGAGCCAAGAAGUCCCGCGUGCUGCCGGCCUUGCGGGAGAUCUUCGUGCGCCUGCAGCACCGGACGCUUCCGGCCAGCUGCUCCGUGCUCUGCGCGGCCUUUGGGCGGAAGGGUUGGCAGAAGAUCUGCAAG